GACACCCCUGCAUUGUGCUGCCUCAUGCAAUAACCUGUCCAUGGUGAAAUUCCUGGUUGAGAAGGGCGCCUGUAUUUUCGCCACCACUCUGUCGGAUAAGGAAACGGCUGCCGAGAAGUGUGAAGAGGAUGAGGAAGGAUUUGACGGCUGUUCCCAAUAUCUUUACGGCAUUCAAGAGAAACUGGGAAUUUUGAAUUCAAAUCAAGUCUACGCUGCCUAUGACUACGAGUCUCAAAAUACUGACGAACUUAGCUUUAAAGAGGGAAACGUUAUGACAGUCAUCAGGAGAGGCGAUGAUCAGGAGCGCGACUGGUGGUGGGCCAGGGGUGACGACCAGGAAGGCUAUGUGCCCCGCAAUCUGCUCGGAAUUGCAGAGUCUGUAAUCAGUUGUAUCCGAGAGUCAAAUCCAAUAAAGAGCUUCAAACCAUUGCUGAAGAACACAAUGAAUGACUUCAAUAAACAGUCUUACGAUCACAUGAAUGGGUCGAUUCCGUCCAAUACAUACCUAACUGUGAUUAGGCUAUAGUUGUAUUAAUUAGUAUUAUUAAAGAUUCUCAAUAAUCAGUGCC